AUGGUGACUGUACAACAAACCAAGUUUCUCAAGUCCGUGUUAACCAAGUUCGGAAUGGAUAACAGCAAGCCAGUGAAGACGCCUCAAGAUCCCGGCCUGAAGCUAACCAAGAACAUGUGUGAACAAGAAUGCAAGCACGAAGACACCAUGUGCAACGUGCCAUAUCGAAGUGCUGUCGGAGGCAUCAUGUAUCUCAUGGUCGCCACACGUCCGGAUCUAGCUGCUGCAGUGGGAUCAUUAUCCCAGUUCUCGUCCGACCCAUGCCCGACUCACUGGCAAGCUUUGAAGCGUGUGCUGAGAUACCUGCAAGCAACGCCCAAUCAUGGUCUUGAGUUUACACGUGAAGAAGGAAGCCGUAUCUGCGGGUACACCGACGCAGACUGGGCCGGCGACAUUGAGUCAAGACGAAGUACAAGCGGCUAUGUGUUCAUGAUGAGCGGAGGAUGCAUCAGCUGGAAAAGCCAGAAACAACGGACGGUCGCGCUAUCUUCAACAGAAGCAGAAUACAUGGCGCUUUCCGAAGCAACCAAAGAAGCAGUAUGGCUCAAAGUGCUUUUGGGGGAACUUGGUGAGAUGACAAGCGACGAAGCGAUCAAGAUGUAUGAAGACAACCAAGGAUCAAUCGCUCUCGCCAAGAACCCGGAGUUCCAUAAGAGAACAAAACACAUCGACAUACGCUACCAUUUUGUGCGUGAGAAGGUGGAAUCAGGUGAAGUCGUUUUGGAGUAUUGCCCGACUCAAGAUAUGCUGGCAGACAUGAUGACCAAGCCGAUCGCCGCUGUACAAUUUGAAAACAUUCGCGAUCGACUUGGGAUCCAAGGUGCCGCAGCUAACGAGUCGAGAGGGAGUGUUGAAAAGACAGCGGCUGUGAAGAAGACACCUCGUCAAGCUGCGUCAAGUGUUGAAGCAAGUGGAAGACCAAGCUUCGCUAUACCGGUGGGUACCGGUAUGUACCAGUAA